AUGAGAGACAUCGUUGACCUACCACACGAUCUCUUCCUCCUCGUCAUCUCUUACCUCUCUCCCAGAACAUGCGUCCUCUCUCGCUCUGUCUCUCGAAGAUGGCACGCCGCCUUCACCGACGAACACAUUUCGUAUCUCUUGAUGCGAUGGAACUUUCCACAAUGUCGUGAGAUGCGUCUGGCCUCAACCACUGCCUUACUACCAUUAGCAUCAACUUCAGACUUUGAGAACAUCAACAGCAAUCUCGCCGUUGAGAUAUCAUGUACUUCUCGUAACCUCCCACCAUGGCCCGAAAGUUUUGCUCUCGUGGCCAGACGCUAUCACCAUCUCCGUCAAGGCUCGGCCCGAGUUGUUGAGAAGCUUCAGAUGGCUCGGCCAAGCCGUGAAAAUACCGGACCCUCCCCAUUCUCUUUCAAGGGAGUCGCUCCUUGGAACCGUUUCCUGCGUCUGGAGGAAAAGACGGCCGAGUUUCAUUACCCCGAUCCCGCGUGGUGGUACAGUCAAGAAGACGGAGUGCUGGUCUACCCAGCAGAAGUCCGUGACAGGCCCAAUACUCCAUCAUCAGAUCCAGCCCAUGGAUAUGUUUAUCAAAUCUUCGACCCAGCGACUGGAACCCAAAUCCCCGUUCCGUUCGAUGUACGCCGAAAACAUAUCCGUCGAGUCCGUCUCGCCCAGGGGGUUCUGAUAUUCGAAUGGGCUGAAGAGCAUCCAUACCACCAGCUCAACGACAGAGAGGUGGUCCAUCGGCAUUUUGUAACUACUUUCGACGUCGUCCGAACACCAUCCCCAUCUGCCUGGACGUGGACCAUCCAAUUCCGAUCAGAAUGGAAGCUACAUUUCCUUGGUCUUCCCAUAAACCGAUCCGACCGCUUCUUCUCCGCCCACACAGCCACACACUACGCCGUUUACUUCUGGCAACCCAACCGCUCGUUGUACCAGGAUGAUCCCAUCGAACAGCUCGCUGUCUGGGACAUUUCCUCGCCAAGUCCAUACCGUCCAUCCGAGGAUCCUACAGGACACAACCGGCCACCAGCCGGUAAUCGGACGACUUCCAUGUCUGCCGGCUUGUGGAACGGAGGAGAAACCCACACGACGACCACAACAACAACAACAACAACAACAACAACAACAACAGCGGCCGAAGAAGCAAGAAAAGGCGCCAGCCCCGAACCAGACCGCAUUCCAGCAACCACCGGUCCCCAAGUAAUCCGCCGCAUGGCCUGGCGUGAACUCGACUUCUACGGCGUACGGCAGCGCGCCAACCCACAGCUGCGUAAUCUCUCGCUCGACGAUCGGAACCUCUAUUUCAUCGAGGAAGAACACCGCUGGGCCGAGGGCCAACAUUCCUCUCUUAGUCCGCCUCGCGUUCAUCAUGUCAAGUGCACGGGUAUUCCUAUCAUGCCUUGCACGCCGGCUGCUCUUUUCACUUCAACAAUCAAUGACGCUGUGUAUGGGCCAGUAUGGGUGGACCAGUGUGGUGCAGAUGGGGAUGUGAAUAUGUCCUUCUCCCUCCUGCAUCACCUUCGCUCCCGUCCCCCUUCUCCCUCUUCCCAAUCCUUCAACUUCUCCAUAUCCCCCCUUCACUCUCCUCCACUCACCACAUCCCCCAACUCCCGCCGCCGCACAUACCAGCAAUCCUUGGAGGAUCUCUUAAAAGCAAGUAACCAGCAACGUUUCCCCGGCCUCGCCCCCUGCUGGCGCCACGAAGAUUUCCCCUACCUGACCGUCGCAGAAAUGGUCGAUUUCGCUGCGGGGGUGAGGAUCACGGCCAGGCAUUGUUUCAUGUUGGAGACUGUUAGUGUUUGUGUGAGGAAUGCUUGUAUUUCUGUGAAGCCUGGUUUGCCUUUGCACAUGGAGGUUGGGGAGAAGGACGGGGAGGAGGAUGAUAACAAUAAUGAUAAUAGGAGAAGUGAGAGAAAGAAGGGAAAUAGGAAUAAGGGGCAUAAGAGAGGGGAGGGAUCAGAGAGAGGGAGAGGUGAGGAAGUGCAGUUUGCGGAUGAGAUGUGGAGCCAGUUGGUGGGUAGGAGGGGAUAUUUGGCGGGUGAUGAGAGGUGGGUACUGGGAGAGGAUGAGGAGGGAAGGAUUACUGUUGUCAGGUUUUAG